AUGAAGAGCGUAACAUAUUCUUGUGAGAUUUACAAUAAAUCCCACGUGACAUCAUUUGUUGCAAGAGAAAUCAGAUUGCAUUCCUCGAAACAAAUUUCUCUCUCUCGUCUCCAUGGCGAUUCGGCGAUCCGAUGGCGAAAUCACUGUCGGCGUCAUCGUGAUCUUGCCUUGUUGCUCUUGCAUGUCGAUUCAUGGUUCAMUUACAUCAUCACUUUCAUCMGAAAUURCUAUCCUCCUCCUCUGUUAACUCUCCGCCGCCUCCAUCUGCUUCRGGCUCCGGRGUAUCCGCUCCUCUUAUCCCCAAUUCRGGAACCAGAUCCGUCGCUAKAARCSUGUUUGUGCUUGAUUGACAUCGAAUCUGAGCGUAGUCCUCCAAUUGAGGAAGUGAUUGAUGCUGGUGUUGUACCUCGUUUUGUUGAAUUUCUCAUGAGGGAGGAUUAUCCACAGCUUCAGGCUGCUUGGGCAUUGACGAACAUUGCUUAUGGGACUUCAGAGAAUACAAAGGUGGUCAUUGAACAUGGUGUUGUUCCGAUUUUUGUGAAACUGUUGGCUUCUCCUAGUGAUGAUGAUGUCCGUGAGCAGGUAAUGGUUCUUUGCUAA